GGCGGGUCUGGUCUUAUUGCUUGGGCUGGUAGUAAUGUCAGCCAACAGCAGCUAAGCUGUGGCGCGGCCCAGCCAAUAGGAGGCAGUUAUGUGCUGUCUUAGCAGCCGGAGGUUUGGUGACGUGUGUGUGGACACUUCCCUGUAAAUCAGUGCGGGACGGCUCCGGUGUGCCGGGUGGACUGAUGUCAUGUGCCCCGGGAAGGUGUGAUGGCGGAGGAGAAGCAGGAAGAACGGGGGGCUACCCCGCCAUUGUUGGUGUUUCUGGAGCCGUCUGCGGAGGGAGAAGGGGCAGCAUCGCCGGACACUACCGAAACUACACCGGCGGGCAGAGCGGCACCGGGGAGUGCGGUGAGGUAUUUCCCCGGCCGAGCUCUGGAAGAAGAAGCAGGGGAAGAAGAACCAUUGUUAAAGAGGUCUGGAGUCACCUCACCUAGGGCCGGGAGGAAGGGGAGACCGCGGCUUAGUUCGUCCUCGGACCGGGAGAGUCUGCUGAAUAGUGCCGGUCACGGUGGUAAUGAAGAGCUGAAUGUCAUUCUUGAUGAUAUUGAAUUUGCUGAUAUAAUUCACAGAGCGGAGCAAGCCAUUGACAGUGGUGUCUUUCCAGAAAGAAUAUCCCAGGGUUCAAGUGGGAGCUAUUUUGUUAAAGAUCCAAAGGGGAAAAUUAUUGGGGUAUUUAAACCAAAAUCAGAAGAGCCUUAUGGUCAUCUUAACCCUAAAUGGACCAAAUACUUUCACAAAGUCUGCUGUCCCUGCUGCUUUGGACGUGGUUGCCUUGUCCCAAACCAGGGAUACUUAUCUGAAGCUGGAGCAUAUUUGGUAGAUGAGAAACUUGGAUUAGGAGUUGUUCCCAAAACCAAGGUAGUCUGGCUUGUCAGUGAAACCUUCAACUACAGUGCAAUAGAUCGUGCAAAGUCAAAAGGCAAAAAAUAUGCACUAGAAAAAGUGCCAAAAGUGGGUCGCAAAUUUCACCGCAUAGGUUUGCCACCAAAGGUGGGCUCCUUUCAGCUUUUUGUGGAUGGGUAUAAGGAAGCGGAUUACUGGCUGAGGAGGUUUGAAACAGACCCUUUACCUGAGAACACCCGGAAGCAGCUUCAGUGUCAGUUUGAAAGACUUGUCAUUCUGGACUAUGUUAUUAGAAAUACAGACAGAGGCAAUGAUAACUGGUUAAUUCGAUAUGAAAGCCAGGGGGAUUACAUUGAAGAUUCUGAGAAAACAAAUGGGGGCCUCGCAUCCAAGGAAUGGACCGAUAAAGAGCCAAUUAUUAAAAUUGCCGCGAUUGACAAUGGUCUGGCAUUUCCAUUUAAGCAUCCCGAUGAAUGGAGAGCAUAUCCAUUCCUCUGGGCUUGGCUUCCCCAGGCUAAGGUUCCCUUUAGUCAGGAAACUAGAGACUUGAUUCUUCCACGUAUCUCUGAUAUGAACUUUGUUCAGGACCUUUGUGAAGACCUGUAUGAGCUAUUCAAAACUGAUAAGGGCUUUGACAAGUCAACAUUCGAGAAGCAGAUGUCUGUAUUGAGAGGACAGAUUCUGAAUCUGACUCAAGCGUUAAAGGAUGAGAAGUCUCCCAUUCAGCUGGUACAGAUGCCUAAAGUGGUAGUGGAACGAAGUCGAAGUGGAAGCCAGGGCAGGAUUAUUCACCUGAGUAAUGCGUUCACACAGACUUUCCACUGCAGAAAGCCAUUCUUCACCUCCUGGUAGCCGCAGGAUGGGAUCUUAUGUCUUAAAUACUCAAAGCUGCUGUUUUGCACAAGCACUGCAAAGGGUGAAAACUGCUGUCAAUCCUGUAUAGCUGCCAAACUGCUGGCCCUCAAAUGGAAGUAGUCUUUUUGAAUGUAAUUGAGUUUACAAUUCUGUCAUUUUGUGAAAUUGUUUUGUCAGGGAUUCCGGUAGGACUGCAUUGACAUGUACUGUAUUUUUAUAUUUUAUAAUUUUUUUCCUUAAGAUAUGAAGUAUUGCAUUUGCGUAAAUCAGCCUGCCUUCCACAGGGUUUCUAUAUGCUUGAAUGACACAUCCUCAAUUUACAAAUGGCCAUUUUGGAUUAUUUAUAAUGAUAUAAUUUGUUAGAGAGGUGAAAUUGUAUACGCCAUGUUAAAUAACCACAUGUAUGUCUGGGACUAAGUGAAGCACUUUUUUCCUUCCCGAAAGUGCCAUGUAACACUUCAAGGCAGAGAAAAUAAAACUUUUUUGAUGGACAUAACCAGAGAAUGUUAAUGCCUUGGGACCUUAAUACUGUAAAUACAUGUUAUAUACAAGUAGUGUCAGCAAGUAGACUUGGAAUCUGGGCAGCCACAAUAUAACACGAAGGCUGGGUUUACACAAUAGAAUUGCUGUUAAUGCUAUUCCGUUUCACAGUGCACCAUACGGAAUUAUAGUGGUGGAGCUUUCUGCUGCUGAAAUUCAUCCACCCAAAGAAUGAACUUGUUGGUGUCAACAGCUCUCUGAAUUUCCAGACCUAACAUUUCUGGCCGGAAAUUCUGUUGUCAACUCAGCCUUAUGGCGAAUACACAUGCAGAUUUGUUGUAAAGCUGAAACAACAAAUUGAUAGUUAAAAUCAUUGACAACGAUCAACUUUGUCUGUUAGCCAAGGGCCUAUUCUAGCCAUCAAAGCGAUUGCGGGAAGCAAAUCUAUUGUCAAGCUAGACCUAAGUGACUGCCAGGAUUCUGCUAUUGCUAGGGCCUCUGUGGCAGGCUCUACCAAUGGAGUGCAGAUCUUGUGGAUCAAUGCGUGCACUGUAUUGAUCCAUACAGAGACUCCCAUAAUAAAGAUCUCAAAUCACCCCCUUU